UCACUUCACCCAACUUUAUGUGCUUCGAGACCAUCCCCUCAGGACCUCCCAUUGGCACCCCAGCCACCACCGUCCCCUCAGGAUGAUCCCAGACCAUCCCGAUCACCUUCCUACCCUCGAGAUUUCUCACUGCCCCCUCCGGAUUUUUCACAACCGCCCCAGCCACCACCUCCCAUACUCCCUGAUUCAAUUCAUGAGGAUUCAAGCCAUACUGAUGCAGAAUUCACUGACGCGAGUGAGCGAUACUAUCGUACGUACCAUUCAAUGUUAAACAGACGACCAUGCGCUGCUGAUGGAACGUUUCUGCCUCAUGGCACCCCCCCGACUCCUGUGCCACCAAAGGCUCCUAACAAUUGGAGUCCAUAUCGCAACAGAAUAGAAUUUGAGGCGGCAGAGUUCGCAUUCAAA